AUGAGGCCUGAUGACACAGACAGAAUCUCAAUGACUAAUCAGGAAACAGUCGACUAUAUCAAGAAGAAACUCAAUGAGAAUCUGUCUGCAGAGAGAAACAUCAAUCUGAUCCACUGUCUGAAUGAACUGAAGGAUCGUUCUCUACUGGAUCAGAUCCAACAGUCUCUGAGUUCAGGACGUCUCUCUGUAGAACUCUGUAGAAUCUGUCUCUUUCUCAUUUAUCAGCUCUAUCAGUCCUUCAUCUUACUGUCAGACACUUUGAUAUUUGAACAGAGACUUAAUUUCUUUGAUUUUAAAGUGAAAAUCUUUCUUGUUUUGAAUCAUCUUUGCAGGUUAUCUGGCUGUAAUCUGUCAGAGAGAAGCUGUGAAGUUCUGUCUUCAGUUCUCAGCUUUCAGUCCUCCAGUCUGACAGAACUGGACCUGAGUAACAACCAGCUGCAGGAUUCAGGAGUGAAGCUGCUGUCUGCUGGACUGAAGAGUCCACACUGUCACCUGGAGACUCUCAGGUUAUCUGUCUGUAAUCUGUCAGAGAGAAGCUGUGAAGUUCUGUCUUCAGUUCUCAGCUCUCAAUCAUCCAGUCUGACAGAAAUGGACCUGAGUCACAACCGGCUGCAGGAUUCAAGAGUGAAGCUGCUGUCUGCUGGACUGAAGAGUCCACAUUGUCAACUGGAGAUUCUCAGAUUUAGUUUCACAUCAGCACUCAGAUACAGUAUGUCAACUGAACCAGAACAAAAGAACUGA